AAGUCAGUACUCUGAAGCAGGAGUUGCCUCCAGUCGUCAGCGAAGUGAAAACAGAAAGCAACUCACGGUGAAAAGACGACGAAAAGCCGCCGAAAAACACACAUGGAUUUAUUAAGUGUUCCGCCGUCGCUGGAGUGACUUUGGGCAGACGAAGGCGACUGGAAACAAGUUUAACCCUCCUACACUCCCCUCCCUCUUACCUUCCUCCCUUCCUGGUUCUCACCCCCCGCCCCAUUGGCUGUUGUUCCCCAAAGGGCAGAGCUAAGUAUGGGGUAAGAGAGCCGAGAGGAGACACCAAGACAGCACAAGCUGAGGAGGCCCUCUAACCUGCACAGGUGGUGACGGGUGCAGGACGCUGUCAUGGCACUGCUGCGGAGGAGGCUGAAGCUUGUGGUGACAGUGAUGAUGAUUAACCUCUUCAUCUUCAUCCUCAUGUCCCGACAGAGCAGCCAAGACAAAAACGGGCAUCACAAGGUCCAAAUCCCCUCCAAACCCUUCUGGACCAAACUCGUUCCCAGCUUGGCUUACUGGAACCGCCAGCAGCAGAUUCUAGACCUUCAGAACAAUCCCAUCCUGAUGACUAACUACAGCACCGCAGACAUGCCCAAUUGGCUUAACGACACCAGUUCGACCUCGGACACAUGCCAGUCUAACAUCAGGGUCACCACUCAGGUGAAAGACUACAACUCUCUACCGCACCGCUUCAAGGACUUUCUACUUUACAUGCACUGCCGCUCCUACCCGAUCAUGAUGGACCAGCCUGAUAUCUGUAAGAAGCCGCCGUUCCUACUCCUGGCUGUCAAAUCCAUGGCGCCGCACUUCGACCGCCGUCAGGCCAUCCGUCAGUCCUGGGGGCGGGCGGGUGUUUUAGCCAAUCAGACAGUAGUUACUAUCUUCCUUCUCGGCAAUGCCACAGCUGGGGACCACCACCCGGAUCUGUCUGAAAUGCUGCAGUAUGAGAACGCCCGCCAUAAAGACAUCAUCCAGUGGGAUUACCGGGAUUCAUUCUUCAAUUUGACCGUCAAGGAAGUUCUGUUCCUGGAAUGGAUCCAAACUCGUUGCUCUGGUGCUCGCUUCAUCUUCAAAGGCGAUGACGAUGUCUUUGUCAACACCUACCGCAUCCUGGACUUCCUCAAGGGCCUCUCAGAGCCCAAAGCCAGGGACCUGUUUGUCGGUGACGUGAUCACCAACGCGGGGCCACACAGAGACAAGAAGGUCAAAUACUUCAUCCCAGAGAGCAUGUACAUCGGGACAUACCCUCCAUAUGCAGGCGGAGGCGGGUACCUCUACUCUGGUGACAUCGCUGCUCGUCUGCACAACGUGUCACAACAUGUAGCACUCUACCCGAUAGAUGACGUCUACACGGGUAUGUGUCUUAGGAAGCUUGGGCUGGCCCCCGAGAAGCACAAAGGCUUCAGGACCUUUAACAUAGAGGAGAAGUACAGGUCAAACCCCUGCGCCUACAAGAGUUUAAUGCUCGUUCACCCAAGGACCCCACAGGAGAUGAUCCAGAUCUGGGCCUGGCUCAGUAGUCCUGACCUGAACUGCCAGUGACCGCUCAGCAGUAGGCAGGCACUGACUGAACCGGCCCUUGAAAAGAAGAAGUUUUGAGCCUGUUCCAGAAAGGUCAAAGUGACAAAAAAAUGUAUUUUGAACAGGGUUAUGACCAUAAAGUUGGCAGCUUGAAGGUAAGAUAUUAUUAUAAAAGGUCACUUUGAGCCUCAACUCGGAGCAGUUGAUGCAUUGUACCUCUAAAAAUGAGGAAGGCUGCAUUAAUGCUAUUUUUCAAAAUGGCCACCAUAGUAUUUUGACUUGAUGUCAGACUUCCGUAGACGAGCUAACCCUGCUUUACUGUCGAGCGAGCUUCACCCAAAGUGACCGUGUCUUUUUUUUGCGUGCACAUAUUUAUAUCACAACUAUUUAUAUGGCCUUUAUAAUGCUUUAACACUGUGUGUCGGCUCCGUGAGGGAGCGUCUCAAUGCUGUAUUAUAAAAGUAAGGAGACUAAGAGCUGGGAUGUGUCCACCUGGGACUCUCUUUGUUGUUUGGUCAAGGGGAAAGAAAAUAUGUCAGAUUCUUGACACUGAUGACAAAAUGAUCCUGUUGUGAGCGUCUUGAGUGUCUAAACUUUUCAAACAUAAAUAUAACAGUGAAGCUCUUGAACUUCGCUUCUUUGUAGUCAGUGGUUGUUACAAAGUGCUUCCUAGUGAACACUUCCUAGUAAUUGUUGCUGGAGGCUGAGUUUGUGCUGCUACUCCCAUCCACACUCCCUAAAGUAUUUACUCAAGCUCAACCAGUUUCUCUUAGUAAAGACUAGGGAGACACGUUAAUUUGUGUUAAUUUACAAACCGUCUUCGGUCUUGAAAAGGAGUUCGUUUUACCUUAACUUCUUUAAAUAAAUCCUAUAUCCUAAAA